AUUCGCACUAUGUCUAAGAGUGAAUAGAUUAUCAUAAUGGUUUAUAUACCAAUCACGUUGUAUUCCUUCCAAGCUGUAUGGUGUCCAAGUCUCUCUCAUCAAUUUACAGAUAUUCUUUGAGGACAACCUUGAGCAGAUGAGAAAGAAGCAUGGCUACUGUCAAGUUGGACUGGAUAUUCUUAAUCUUACUUCUGGUUCACUGUGGAGACAACUUCGUCAAUGGUAUCAUAACAUAUGUACGUCUUGUUGGUGGUCCAACUCUGAAUAAAGGAACAAUACAGGUGAUGCAAGACGGUGGCCCAUGGGAAACAACAUGUGGAAUAAAUAUUGAUAUCGAUGACGUCAUUGUCAUUUGUAAGCAGUUGGGGUAUACAGGCGCAAAUAGAGCAAUACAAAGCACGCCGUAUGGACAGGAUUCAACGUCACCUAAGAUUGUGCUGAGUUGUAAUGGUGGAGAAGACAGCCUCGCUGAGUGUCAAUUGUUCGAGCAACAAGGUUGUUCAUCGGCUGGAGCAGCCUCAUGUCAUGGUGAUAAUUAUCGUGGAUGCCAUGGCGACCUGCCAGCUGAUCGAGUUCUUCGUGAUGGUAUUUUAUUUACUGACCCGAAUAUGACUAUCCCCCUCUGCAUCCAGUAUUGUAACGCUGUAACUUCAUCUUACUAUGUGUACGCGGGCGUUGAAAAUGCGGAUGAAUGUUUCUGUGGGGAAUUCAGUGAUUGCUUCAUUAGGCAUGGGAUAGCAUCAGACAGGGACUGCCAAAUCCCAUGCCGUGGAGACUCCACUGAGAGCUGUGGAGGAUUAGGAUACAUAUCUGUCUUUGCCAUUAACACCGACAAGAGUAGGGGGCGGACCAUACCUUCUACUGCACCAACGACGACAACCUUGUCAUCAGCCGUACUGCAACCUCGUCACCAUUUAUGUGUUGGUGUUGGAGUUGGUGAAGGUGUUAUCAUAAUGUUUCUUAUAGUGAUUAUCAUUGUAUUGGUACUAUACAACCUCAGAAUGCGAAAGAUGAUGGAAGAUCUUAACAAGGAUCAGAAGACACAAAUUUUGUUUCAGUCUCCCAAUUCGACAGACAAAGACACGGGGUUUUACCAUGAUGUUCAGGAUGUCAGGAAAUUAGCCUCAUCGUCAUCGCCCGAUGAACAGAGACGUGACAGUGUCUUAGAUCCCAACGUUCGCAGUCACCUGCCAAAUUCAUACAUGACGUUGACGAAGGAUUCUAACAAUGAUGAGAUGACACAAUAUAUGGAUUUGGUCCAGUCCUCUAGUUCGACCGACAAACAUACAUCGUUGUUCAUUGAUAUCGUAAAUGCAAGCGAACAAGCCUCACCGGACGACGAGGUUGUCUACUCCUCGAAGAUAUAUAAAUAAAAACCUGACAGCGCAUUGGGUCCCUACGAUCAUGACGAUAGCAGUGAGGUGUCCUAAGCUUAUUGUGAAAAUGGGGAAGAGAAUAAUUCCAUGUAUAAGUGGUACCCUUUUCAGUAACUAGGUCCGGACCUGGGGCCCGUUUCAUGAAGGACUUGCAAGUGUUGUAACUUUGCCAUUAUGGCAACUACCAUGGUAAUCUUUAUUCUGAUUGGCUGCUGAGCCAUGCUACCAUGGUAGUUGAUAUUAUGGCAAAAUUACAACAGUUGCAAGUCCUUUAUGAAACGGGCCCCAGGGCCGGCCUUACUUCGUAAAAUGUUCAGUUCAUUUUAGCCCGCGCCAUUCAUGAACUAUUUUGAUGCUGCUUUUAUCAUUACCAGGACAGCGCCAGGGUCCGACCAAAUAGUUUAUGAAUGAUGGCAGCACAGGGCCCCGGCUGAAAUUCCUCGCACGGGUUAAUUAAAGGUCACAGAAUUUUUGAAUGGGUCAAUGUAAAAGCAGCUCGGCUCUGCUAUAUAGUUACUGAAAGCGUUUAUUUUUUAUAUUUUUUAAAUAUUUUUUGGUGCGGACUAUUUUAGUGCGGGCCUGCAGGGCAAAACAUUAUGAGUUGCUAAAAGGGGUACCAUAGUGACUGCUUACAUGGAUAAGGAAUGGUCCACUCUUCUGCAAGCAAGAAAGGCUACGAGUGUGGUUGCCAAGGUUCUUCUUGCCAGUGUUAUUACAAUUUGAUUAUAUUUUGAUGGAUCAGAAGGUCUUUAAUGUAACAUAAACUUACCCAUUAUAUUAACGCAUCUAACGCAUUGUUUGGACAACAUUACAUACAAGCUUAUAUUCUAAUUUUAAUUUCAUAUCAAAUGUAAUUGUUUAUCAUAAUAUUUUACGUCAUCAAAGUGUUUUCAUUAAUAUAAUUUAUGAAUGUAAUGAUGAUUACAUUUUUUUUCUGACUAGGUUUUAUCAUCCGAUAAUAGCAUAACAUUGUUUAUUUAAAUGCAUAAACAUUUUAUAGUGACUGGAUAUAUAAGUGCACAUGGAAACAAACACUCUAAUUAUUAAGUUCUUUGUUUUUAAUAAGUUAUGCAUUUGUAAACCCCGACUAGUGAGGAGAGCUUCAUAACAGAAACUAAAUUUUCUUUUAGUCAUCCUCAGGCACUAGUCGGUGGUAAUUUCUUCCUCUUGUACAUAUUCUUGUUGUCAUUUAACUGGAAAUGAAAUAAAUGAAAAAAAUUAAAUAAACACAUGAUUUAGAUUGAAGGAGAGCUAUAGAGGUCUCUAUAAAAGUUAGUAUGAGCAGUCAAUUCCAUAGAAGUUGCAAUUUAUUGUUUAUUUCAUGUCUUGAUUUUGUUUAUUCAAGAUUCAAGAUUCAAGAAGAUUCAAGAAGUUUAUUUCAUUUCCAUGACAAAUAUAAAUUAAAUACAGAUACAAAUCAAAGUACGAAUACAAAAUCAAUUUUACCUUAGCAUAAUUAUACAACAAAAGCUUGUAUAAACAGUAAAAAACGUGUAUGGAACUGAGGGGAUCCACUAAUAGUCUAGCAUUGCUUGUAGAGCGUGGAUCCCCUAUAGAUUUAUUUCCAAUUCCACCAAUGACAAUGCGUCGUUCGGUUUCGGUUCAAGAUUUUUGUCCCGUUGCGGAAAACGUUUACGGGCAUCUCAUAAAAUUUGAGCGCAAGUCCCGAAUACGUGCGUGUGAUUGGCUCAAAGCCAAGUCGCAAUCGACUUCUAAGAUUACGUUUGAUUGCAGCGCUUUCUAUAAACAGGUCCUGUGUAUAUGAAGAGCUCACGAAAUUACCAGUAUAUUUUUUGUUAAUUUCUAGCCUCCUACGCAAUUCUGAUUUAAAUACAAACGGUAAAGUUGAUGGUCUAUUAUCUACUUUUUUGUUAUUACGUAACAAAUGUAUAUACACAGUCCAAAAAGCAAUAUUAAUGAUAUCAUCUAGUUCUUUGUGCUCUUUAUUAUCAAUCAAAAGAUCGACAUCAUUAAUAACAUAUUUAUUAAUUAUUUUUUUUACAUAAACCGAACUAUAUGACCAAAAGUUUUAAUUCAAUUUACAUGUAAUCAAAGCAUGUAUUAUGUCCUCUUUUACAUAAAAAAAAAUAUUAUCUUAUGCAUCUUCACUUAUACACCGUAUACAUUAAUUUCUUUUUACAGGCAAUAAACUAUACAGUAUUUAGAAAUU